AUUUUAUUUCUUGUAUUGCUGCCGAAGAGUAACUUUGCCCGUACGGAGUCUUUACUUACCAUACCAGCAUAAAUAAUUUGGCAUUCCGCCGUAUUCUUUUCCGUACACUCGGAUCGCAUGCUCGGUGCACGGAACGCUGCGGCAACACGGUUUGUGGUGUUCUUUAUACAAUUAGCGAAAGCGUGUUGAUUUACGUGCAGCUUGUUGUUACGCGUUGAUUUUUGGAAAUUGUGCCUUGUGAAACUUUAAGAUGCUAAAAGAUCAUUGAAAGCUGACUCAGCUCGUGCGACAUCAAUUCAGUAAGCUUCCUUUAGUGUGUAUUCGCAAACCGGGAACGACAUUACUUGAACUUAUCUUGGAGCUACGGACAUAUAGCAACGAUUUACAACGAACACAUAAUUCACGGUGUGCCUUUUUAUCAUUCUCUACUAAAAGUACAACUGGUAACCGGAGUACCAGCAACGACUAGUGACAAAAUCUAAAGUUUUAUAUACAAAUUCAGUAGAUCGUAAAGCUCACCUGAUAUAAACAACUCCAGCCUUGUUCAAUUACCCUGGUUCAUACGUUCGAUGUGAGGCAGGGGCAGAACACAGUGUAAAAGAAACUUGCAACAUAGAGAGUUCGGGUUGGAAAAUCCAAAGCUCUUCCCAAUCCAACGUGUGGUGUAGAAGCAGCAGUCGUGGAAGUGAAAAGAGUGUAAUCAAGGAAAGAGGCUAGAACCGACAGCAAAAUCGAAGUAUCGCAUCCAUCAUAGCCAAUUCUCGCUCAACGCAACACGCGCUGCCAACAGCAACGGUGGAAGCACAAUGCUGAAGUUUAUACGCGGAAAAGGCCAACAACCUUCGUCGGAACGGCAGAAGCUGCAGAAGGAACUGUUUGCAUUUCGUCGGACCGCUCAACAUGGCUUCCCACAUAAACCAUCGGCACUGGCGUACGAUCCGAAAAGUAAGCUUAUGGCCAUCGGUACCAACAGUGGCGUGAUCAAAGUGUUUGGCCGUCCCGGUGUGGAGUUCUACGGCCAGCAUACCUCGCCCAGCAACAAUCCGGCAGAUUUGAUCGUGCAGAUGCUCGAAUGGAUCCCGGGAACGGGUCGAUUGCUAUCGUUAACGGCCUCAAACCAGCUCGUUCUAUGGGAACCGGCAGGUACGCUGCUGGUUGCCAUCAAGAAUUUGGCGUUCGACGGCAAGCUGAAGAAGAUUUCGUCCCUCUGCUGCUCGUACAUGAAGGAUACCGUGUGGAUUGGUACCGAGGGCGGUAACGUGUAUCAGUUCGACGUGCGCAAUUUCAGCGUGAAAGAAUCCGUUAUCUACCACGAUGUGGUACUGGAGCAACUACCCACCUCGUACCGCUUAAAUCCGGGUGCGAUCGAAUCGGUAAAGCAGCUACCGAACAAUCAUAAUUUGCUGCUGAUUGCCUACAACCGUGGUCUCGCCGUCCUGUGGGAUCUCGAGAGUGCCAGUGUGAAGCAAUCGUUCAUAUCGCCCGGUCACGGACAGAGUGUGGGACUGUUCAUCGCGCAGGAUGCAACGCAGUUUACGUGGUAUCAUGCGGAUGGAUCGUUCGCUACCUGGGACUUGGACAGUCCGAUACCGCCGGAAAACCAGAAGUACGUCCCUUAUGGUCCAGAUCCGUGCAAGGCGAUCGAUCGAUUGAUCCGGGGGCAUCGCGGACGGUGCGAGCUGGUUGUGUUUUCCGGUGGCAUGCCUCGAUCCGCCUACGGCGAACAUCAGUGUGUGUCGGUUCACUGCAAGGAUGGUACGAAGGUAGCCUUCGAUUUUACCUCCAAAGUGAUCGACUUCUUUGUAACGUUCAACGACGUCCGACCGGAACAGGCGGAAGUGUUGGUUGUGUUGCUGGAGGAAGAGUUGGUUGCGUACGACUUGACCGACGAAACCCUGCCCCAGAUCAAUGCACCCUACCUUCACUCUCUGCAUGCGUCCGCCGUCACCUGCAACCAUCUGGUGUCGCAAGUUUCCCCGGACGUGUAUGCCAAGAUCAAGCUGGCAGGAGAGCUGCAGAUGGCCGAGUAUAGUUGCAAAGUAUGGCCCAUUACCGGAGGCAUUCUGCCCAAUGAACCGGCGGAUGAUGACGAUCAGCCGAUGGAACGUGACGUACUGAUUACUGGGCAUGAAGAUGGGUCGGUGAAGUUUUGGGACUGCUCGGAAGUGUGCCUAACGCCGCUGUUGCACGUCAAAACGGCACCGCUCUUCAACAACAGCGACGAUUUCGACAGUAAUCUGAACGCAUCAACCGAACAGUUGGAUGAUGGCGAACCUCCGUUCCGUAAGGCUGGCCAGUUCGAUCCGUAUUCGGACGAUCCUCGGCUAGCCGUGAAGAAGGUGCAACUGUGUCCGCAGACGGGCACGCUCGUUAUCGCUGGCACCGCUGGUAAUGUGGUAAUGGCCAACUUUGAAGCGUCGCCGCACGAUGGGUCCGACGACACACCGACACACGGACCAUUGAAGAUGACUACGAUGAAUUUGGUCAGCGAUCGUGAUGGAUUCGUUUGGAAGGGUCACGACCAGUUGAAGGUAAAGCGAACGCUGCUGGAGGAAAAUGCGCCCAUCAUGGAAGGAGUGAAUUUUGUGGGUGUGCUGCAAGUACUGCCGCCGGCUGCCAUCACCUGCAUCGCCAUGCAGAGCAAAUGGUCGCUAGUUGCAGCCGGAACGGCCCACGGUCUCGUGCUGUUCGACUACAACAAUCUGUCUCCGGUGCUGCACAAAUGCACGCUCAAUCCGAACGAUCUUACCGGUGCUGGCGAAACGCUUUCCCGUCGGAAGUCUUUCAAAAAGACUUUGCGCGAAUCCUUCCGCCGGUUGCGCAAGGGCCGUUCGACAAGAAACAAUCCGAAUGCGGCCGGUGGUGCAGGUGGUGGGCAGCACGCACAGUCGGCAGCCGAAACACGGCCAGUCGAGCGUCAGAUCGAGGCACGCCCGGUCGACGACGGUAUGGGAUCGAUGGUGCGCUGCCUAACCUUUGCGCAAACGUUCAUCACCAACCAGAACGUGUACAUUCCUACACUGUGGGCCGGUACAAACUCCAGCUGCGUGUCGGUAUUUGUGUUGAAUCUGCCGCCGAAACAACCCGCAGCUACCGGGGAAAAUGGAGCGGAUGAGCCGGUACCGCAAGGGCCACCGGUAACGGGUAAACUGGCCAAGGAAAUUCAAAUGAAGCAUCGUGCACCAAUUAUAGGAAUUGCUGUGGUUGACAGCAAUGGCGUUCCGUUGGAGUUCCAGAACGUACCUGGGCCGGCCCCGCAUCGCGUGCUGAUUGCAUCAGAAGAACAGUUUAAAAUCUUCUCAUUGCCGCAGCUGAAACCGGUCAACAAGUACAAGCUGACGGCUCACGAAGGCGCACGUGUACGGCGUAUAGCGUUCGCCACCUUCAUGUGCACCGUUCCGACCUCUUCUGUGGUGCACGCGAGUCCUCCGAAGGCGACCGCCGCGUCUAAACCGGCCACAUCUCCGCAGCCAGCAGAACAACCGUCAUCCCCCGACAGCAACACUUCAACGACAGCGAUCAACGAAAACAACACAUCCAACGUGGGAUCGGACGUGACGACACAUUACGAAAUAAGUCUGCUGUGCUUGACCAAUCUGGGCGAUUGUCUUGUGUUGACCGUUCCGGAGCUCCGGCGUCAGCUUAAUUCCGCCGCAGUGCGCCGGGAAGAUAUCAAUGGCAUUUCAUCGCUGUGCUUCACAAGCCACGGUGAGGCAUUGUACAUGAUGUCCUCCUCCGAGGUGCAGCGCAUCAGUCUGUCGGCAACGAAGAUUGUCGCACCGAAUGGUAUGAUCGAGGUUGAAGAUUGGUCAACGCCGAUCGAAAACGCGGCCACGAACGAGGACGAUAACGAUCCGGAGCAGGAUGUAGACAAACAGGAAGUUUCGUCCGAGCGGGAAGUGGACAAUAGCGCGUCGGGUUCCGUUGCUGCAGCGAAAAGUGAACAGUCAGUUGCGGGCGAUAAGGUGACCGGUAGUGCGACGGCUCUUACAAAUGGCACAUCGAACCCGAGACUAAGCAAUGGCGUUGCUGCCAACGGGGAUGAAUCAGCAUCACCGAACAAAGCGAACGAAACGAUCACCAGCUCCAUCGGCGACAUAACGAUCGACUCCGUGCGCGAUCAUUUGAAUGCGACCACGACGACCCUUUGCUCUACCACGACCGAGGAGAUUGUCGGUCGACUAUCCGUACUGAGCACGCACACGAGCCAAUCUUCGUCCACUGCCAAGAACAGUGAAGUGUUGAGCCUGAAUUCAUCGAACAUUACCAACCUGAAGGGAAUCGGCGAUACAACGGAGAAAACGUCCAACUCGGCCAUCAUAAAAUCCAUAAUCACAACCGUACGGCACGGUACGAACGUAACGAACGGUGAAGCGAAAGAAUCGAACAACCGAACGUCCUCGACCACAACCACCAGCACGACAACCAGCACGUCUGUGAACGGCAACGAAUCAGUCCCACCGCCGCUACCGACCACGGCACCACCAUUUAUCACCGUGCUCAGGAAAGAGAGCCAAUUCUAGGCGAGCGCUUUCGACCUCUUCUUUCCCUAACACUUUGUUAAAGACGCGAACAGGACACAGUAUUUAGCGUGUGUGUACUGAAAUGCGCUAGUAUUCCGAAAAGGGGCUGUUACGAACGGUAGCUUAGUAUAUAAACACAUACACACACACACACACACACAAGUAUUAACCGACGAUGAGAAGCAUUUGCUUGUAAAGAAGGCAGAAGGGGCCAGAAAGGGAAGCAGAAGACGCGUCACCAAUUUUGCCUUUUCCACACCACGCCACGCCGCCUGUUGUGGAACCAAACAGUGAAGUGAACAUCCGAAGACGAAGCUGAACCUUUACUAAGAAGUAAGAAAUGAUUUUUUUUUGCUACUAUCCCCUUCGUAUUGCAGGUUAUUAUAGUUUAGCGCUGGCGAAACAGAUCCUUCCUCGUCUGGCCCAGCGUUACGAUACGAAGAGACGAAGGCGUAUUGUAUUAGAUGUAUGCUUACUUGCAAGUUAAGUUUUUAGUGGAUGAUGAACAUAUUUUCAGCAUGUAUAAGCGAUCGCUCUUGAUCGUGCCGUUGGCCCAAGUUGAGCGCCGAAGCGUUCGAAAUUAAUGUGCGCAAACAUGUCACUUUUUUCACAAGCUUUAUCAUUGCUUUAUCUGUUGGUUUUGCUGUACAUCAAUCGAUCACGGAGCGAAGCGUAACGCGGCCUUAGCAAACAGUGGCAGAGUAAAUGAUAGAUUUCUUAACGUAACGAACGGUAAGGGUAACAUUUCUUAAAUCUUAUUAGCAGCAGCGCGGAUGGACGUGGUUCCAAUCAUGCCAAACUUUACAGGAACGGAACUUUACAGCCGGUAGCACACACAUGAUUUUUCCUUCCAACCGGUAGCGAUUCGCGUUCCGUCUUCGGUUCUCAGUACAUAAAAUGGACGAUGUUACUAAUGUUGCUGCAUGUCUUUGGUAAUUUAGCGUAGAAAAGGAUAGGUAGAUGGAUGAGAAGCUUAUAAAAGAGCUGUUUACACUGCAGCAUCCUGUUAAACAAAAAAAAAAUGGCGCAGAGCAUUUUAAACCUUACAACUGGUUGGUUGAAUUUUAUACUUUUAAAACACGAAAAAUUAUAUGAACGAUUGAUUUAUAUAUAUAUAUAUACUUCUUUUUUCUAUUUUUAAGCAACAACAAAAAAACAACAGACCGUUUUUUCGAAAGCAGAAUAUUACAUGUGUCUAUUUUAAUCGCGUGGAAACAUGGACGUAUUCGAUGAUAA